CACGUUUCAAAGUGGAACCAAUGUGCUGGAGGGAGCCGCAAAAAUAGUAACACUACACACAGCGUUGCCCGUCGCUCUUUAAAGUAACUGGAAAACACAAACUAAAACUAAGAUGGGUGAGAUGUCUGCAGACGCCGUCACCCUGGAUCUGCUGAGAGAAGCCAGGGAGACGGUGAGAAGCAGCCCACUGGGUGUCAUCAACACUCCCAUGAUCCCCUGGUGCCAGACAACCCUGCCUCUCAACAUCCACUGCAACGUCCACGUCAAACUGGAGAACAUGCAGAGAACCGGGUCGUUCAAGAUCAGAGGAGUGGCUAAUCAGUUUGCCAGGAGACCAAAGGGUGGUCAUUUUGUUACCAUGUCCGCCGGCAACUAUGGGAAGUCUUUUGCGUACGCCUCAAAACACUACGGGUCAAAGGGCAAGGUGGUGAUGCCGGAAACUGCCCCAGUGUCCAGAUCCAUCCUCAUACAGAGUUUCGGGGUGGAGGUGGAGCGAGUUCCUACCUCCUGUCUAAUGAAUGUGGUGAACCGCUGCAUUCAGGAGGACAACAUGACCUUCCUGCACUCCUAUGAUGACCUGGAUCUGAUAGCAGGACAUGCCAGUAUGGGUAUGGAGAUACUGGAGGUCACGCCCAAGCCUGAUGUAGUGGUGGUGUGCUGCGGUGGAGGCGGCCUGCUGGCAGGUGUAGCUGCUGCCAUCAAACUGUCGGGUUGUAAUAAGACCAGAAUCUACGGUGUGGAACCAGAAGGAGCCUGCACCAUGUACAAGAGUUUCAUUGAGAAGAAGCCAGUGGGCAUGGACACAAAGAGCGUCGCCUCCGGACUUGCACCACCUUUUGCAGGCACACUGCCCUUUGAGUUGUGUCAACGUUACGUGGAGGGUAUCGUUCUUGUAAACGACGAGGAGAUCAAGGCAGCGGUGUCCACCCUCUACAAGUCCGGACUUGUGGUGGAGCCUUCAGGCUCCGCAGCAUUCGCCGCCGUUGUUAACAACAAGAUACCCCAGCUGGAGGGGAAGAACGUGGUGUGCAUCCUCAGUGGGGGCAACAUCGGAAAAGAUGAGCUCGCCAACUUCCCAGACUAAGAAAUAUACAUGGCCAUAAUGUGACUUUUCUUACACGUCAGUGCCCAAAUGACUUUUUCUUCAUGUAUUGUACAUGUAGUGUAACAUGCUGUGAAGAUGAAAAACCAUACAGGUUUUCUAGUUUGAAAGAAUAAAACCAUUCAAGGAGAAAAAAAAAACUAAUCUUUUAGACAAUCAGUACAUUUAAUAUUCUUGUUCUCUUACGCUGACAGGCUUUGACUGAAAUUUGGCGCAACUCUUG